CCCCGGGGGCUGUGUCCCGGUGGAGCCCCGCCCAUUGGCACCGGGCAUUGGUGGCCAUGGCUGCGAGGAUCGCCAAGGAGCUGGAGGAGGCCCGGCGCUGGGGCGGCGCCCGCGACCUGCGGCCGCUGGAGGGAAACGUGCUGCGGUGGGGGGGGCUGCUGCUGCCGAACAACCCCCCGUAUAAUGCGGGCGCCUUCCGCUUCGAGCUGACCUUCUCCCCCCACCACCCGCUGUCCCCCCCCUGCGCCACCCUCCGCACCAGCAUCUACCACCCCGGCGUGGACCCCCAGGGCCGCGUCUGCCAGCCCCUCACCUCCCCCCAGCACUGGGUGCCCACCACCCGCGCCGUCCAAGUGCUGCAGGACCUGCAGCUGCUGCUGGACAGCCCGGACCCCCGGCGGGCGCUGCGGCAGGAUCUGGCCCGGGAGCUGCAGGAUCGCCCCCAGGAUUUCUGGCGGCAGGCGGAGGAACACACCCGCCGACAUGCCGAGCCCCGCCACGGCCCCCCCGCGCUGUGAGACACCCGCCAUCGCCCCCGCCCUGUGCUGGGGCACCUCUCUGUCCGGUAAUUAAUGUUAAUAAAUUUACUCAUGCGACGGGCUUGGCCCCGUGAUGCCUCGCGGGGACAGUGGGGGGUAGCGGGAGGUGCUUUUCCCCCCUGCCACCCUGGGGGGAUGCCCCCCUGCCUGCCUGUCCCCUCCGUGGUGGGGCUGUGCCAGGGCUGUGCCCCCCUGCUGCCAGCUCCUGCCACCCCCAGCCACUUGCCUGGUGCCACCAUCCCCGCCACGAGAGACGAGGCCACCACGAGCCUUUGCUGACAGGGGACAAAGCCGGGGGGGUGGCACGGGUGGGAGCGGUGGGGGACCCCCCUGCAUUGGGUCUGGCUGAGGUGAGGUUAAUGGUGACACCCCGGUGUCCUGGGCAGCGCUGGCAGCACCGGGGCUGCCCCCAACACCCCCCCCGCCAGCGAUGGGCUGGGGGGGAUGGUCCUUGAGGGGGGAUAGGGCCGGGAUGGAUGACCCCGACUGGCGGAAGGGAUAUUCCAGAC